UUUAUUGGGUUUUAUUCUGACACCUUCAGCUCUUUCCUUGCCUCAAACCUGUUCCUUCAUACUAAAUGACAUGCGCUGACUUGUGUCAGAGAGUCUACAGGUAAUGCUUCGCACAUCUUUGAGGGCAUUUAAGGCUUUCAGAGAAGGUUUCCCUCAGGUACAAGUGAGGACGAACUUCUCUUUGACACACCUGAUGAAAUCUGUUGCCUUAUCUGACGUGAUGGGUUCAUUUUCUGAGUCGAUCGUGUCUCUAACACGACCGCCGUGUGCUGGCGUGUAUGACAGAAAUGUCUGGAAUGUGAACUGCUGUCACCUUUAUACGUAUCACGGCAAUGAAACGGAGAGUACACGACCUGUUGCUGAAAACGAACAUUCUCGAUUGGUGGGAAACAAAUGCCUCACAGUUCUGAAUUACGCUCACGGCCCAUUAAAGAAGAAACAAACAGCCGACCAAAAAUAACCUGCCUGACCACACUGACCAGGAACUCUCAAACAGAUAACGCACACGAGCACAAAGAGACUCGCAGCCGUGUCCAUGCGCCUGAAUGACUUACUGUCUCGAUCAAAAACUGAAUCAUUUCUUCUUCCUAAUUUCAUAUUCUAGAGCUAAACAACAGCAGUGAGAGGUGAUGAAACAUGAGAAAACACAGACAGGGUGUGGCUCCACCAAUGCACAUGCAUAAAUAGGUAACUUAUGUGUAGGCGGGCGUCACAGGCAGGUACAACACCUGGGAACUUCCUUAUUGUGGAGCAGGAACAAAUCCUCCUGUCCGAGUGAUACGCUGAGAGGCUUCACCGUCUGCACCAUGUUCUCCUCCGCCGUCCCAUACAAGAACCAGCACUACAGCGAGCUGAGGAGCGACUGCAUCACGGACAAGAAGCUGUUCGAGGAUCCGGAGUUCCCAGCCACCAGUGCAUCGCUGUACUUCAGGAAACCACCUCCCGGUUUUGUGGAGUGGAAACGACCUGGGGAGAUAAGCAAUGAACCCCGUCUGUUUGUGGAGGGCAUCAGUGCUCACGACCUGAACCAGGGAGUUGUGGGAAACUGCUGGUUUGUCGCCGCCUGCUCCUGCCUGGCUUUGAAGCCAGACCUCUGGAAGAAGGUGAUUCCUAAUCACAAGGAUCAGGAGUGGGACCCGAAACACCCGGAGAGCUACGCCGGAAUCUUCCACUUUCAGUUCUGGGUGUUCGGGGAGUGGGUGGACGUGGUGGUGGACGACCGGCUGCCUACGAUCAACGGGGAACUCAUCUACUGCCACUCGAAGAACAACAACGAGUUCUGGAGCGCCCUGCUGGAGAAGGCCUACGCCAAGCUCGCCGGCUGCUAUGAGGCCCUGGAGGGGGGAAACACCGGAGACGCCGUGGUGGAUUUCAGCGGGGCCGUGUCCGAAGCCAUCAACCUGGAGGCAGAAGCUUUCUACAAGGACCAGAAAAAACAGGACCAGCUGUUUGAGGAUCUACUGAAGGUCUACGACCGUGGAGGGAUCAUAAGCUGCUCCAUUAAGGCAGAUCCUCAUGAAAUUGAGCUCAAGAUGGCGAACGGGCUGGUGAAAGGCCACGCGUACUCGGUAACUGCGGUGAAGAAGGUGCGCCUGGGUCACGGGCUGCUGGCCUACUUCAAGAACGAAACCAUUCCUCUGAUCCGCAUGAGGAACCCCUGGGGCAAGACUGAGUGGAAUAGAGCCUGGAGUGACAGCUCUGAAGAAUGGUCAAAGGUCGGAGACACCGAGCGAGGCAACCUCGGCAUCACAGUUGAAGAUGACGGGGAGUUCUGGAUGUCAUUCACAGACUGGUGCCAGUGCUUCACAGACGCAGAUGUCUGCCGUCUCAUCAACACCUCGCUGAUCAGUGUUCACAAGACGUGGCAUGAGGUCGUGCACUUCGGGAGCUGGACCAAAAACGCAGAGCCGCUGUUGAACCGCUGCGGUGGCUGUUCCAACCACAAGCGGACAUUCCUGCAGAACCCACAGUACUUGUUCGAUGUCACAAAGGAGGUUGAUGAGGUCCUCAUCUCCUUGCAACAAAAAGACAUUAGAAUCCAAAAAAAAGUUGGUAGAGGAGACAAUCUAAGCAUUGGCUUUGGUGUUUUCAAGGUGGAACUGAACAGGAAGUAUCGGCUGCACGACAUCCUGACCCAACAGUGCGUGGCCACGUCCACCUACAUCAACGCCCGCGCAGUGUUCAUGAGAGUCACGCUCUCGCAGGGCCGCUACGUCAUCAUCCCCACCACCUUCGAGCCUCUGACGCUGGGGGACUACAUGCUCCGAGUAUUCACAGACGUGGACUCGGGCUGCAGGGAGUUGACAGAGGAUAAACCACGAGUCAGAUGCUGGAGUUCAUUCCUCGGAUACCCACAAGCUGUGAGUCAUGUCUACGUCCAUGAAGCCGAGGGGCUGCAGAACCAGGACAGCUCAGGAGGUGCAGACCCCUAUGUGAUCAUAUACUGCGAGGGCCGCUCAGUAAGAUCCACCAUCAAGAAGGACACCUUGAAACCAGAGUUUGCGACAAGCGGCGUUUUCUACAGGAAGAAGCCCAGAAAGCCCAUAACUAUAGAGGUGUGGAACAGCAACGCGGUGAAGGACGAGUUCAUGGGCCAGGUGGUGCUGUCCGGGUCGGUGAAGGACCCGUCUUCCCCUCAGAGGCUCCAGCUGAGGAAACGUGGACGGCAGCAGGCGGAUGAGAUGCCCGGUUUCAUCAGUCUGAGGAUCUGCACUUCCACUCAGCUGACCGCCAUCUGAUCACGUCGGUGACCUGAGAGAGAGACGAGUAUAUUUUCUCGUCUGAACUAUACGGUGAGACUGAUGGGACAGGAGGCAUCGAUCAAAGCACCGACAACACCACCACCGCUGGAUGCGGACCAUGCUUGAGGAGAAAUUUACAUUAUUGAAUGAUGUUGUUGAAUUGUUUUUAAAGUUGAGAGGUGAGCAGGGCACUAUUGGACAGACUGAAUGUCGUUUUUUAAAAUCAAGAUGUUUAAACUUUUGACUUUUUUCUUUUUUACAAUUUAAAUGAUAUUGACGUUUUCUAAGUUGAUUGUAAAGAUAUCAGAUGUGACGCUAAUUUGUCAUUCGAGUCUUACCAUACGUUAGUCUCCUUAAUGCACAUAUGACACAUACAUCAUGUAUCAUCUAUUACUUUCAUGCAUGUUCUGUUCCUCUUAUUGAUCAGUUCAGUUCAUCAUGUUUUAUUCUCGUCACAGUCGCCAGAAUAAAAUGUCUGAACACUACAAACAUAUUUAAAUUUGAACAGCUAAGGUAAGACAGCAGCCAAACCUGGGACCAAUGUUGAAGAUGGUGUUUCAACAACUGUAGUCAUGUAACCACCAGAAAUUUGAACUAGACAUGGGGGAGUUUCCAACAGUAGUGCAUGACGUACUUAAAAGUCACACAUAGUUUAAAAAAAAGAUGUUAAAAUAUUACUUGAGUAAACGUAAAGGUCACCCAUAUGGAUGUUCAUUGAGUAAAAGUGUUAAAGUAUCAAAUAUUAACUGUACUUAAGUAUCAAAAGAAAAAAUAAAGAAGUGAUACUUUUGUUUAUA